CUUCCGACCCAGCAAGGAUGAAGAAAUGUAAAGGCUGCUCGUGCCUACUGGUGCAAAGGAUGAUGGGGUGGUUUGUUUGGGAAUUAGACUGAAACAAAAAAACGGAAGAGCUCAGUUCAGAGAUGUCUCAGUUCGGCUGACAUUGACGCCGGAAGAGAAGACAGCACCUUUUAGUCCUGCAUGCAGCCUGGGAGAAGACACGCCGAAAUAAAGGGCCUGGAUUCCAGCACAAGGAUCCCUCCCAGCUUCCUGUCCAUGGCUUACUGAAAUGCAACUUUCCAAGUGAUCAAGCUGUGAGGGGUCUCGAUCACACGCUGCGACUCCAUGGCCAGCCUUUCUGCUCUGAUCCUGCAGCCGGAGGUGCCGGGAGCAUGAGCGUGGGAAGGAUCAACCGCUACAGCAUUGUGUCAUCUGAGGAAGAGGCCCUCCGCCUCACUACCAUGCAUGGCAUGAAUGGUUUUGGCAAUGGCAAGAUCCAUACGCGCCGCAAGUGUCGCAAUCGCUUUGUCAAAAAGAAUGGCCAGUGCAAUGUGCAGUUUGCCAACAUGGACGACAAGUCACAGCGGUACUUGGCCGACAUAUUCACCACAUGCGUGGAUAUUCGCUGGCGAUGGAUGCUGGUGGUCUUCACUCUUGUGUUUGUCGUUUCUUGGCUGGCCUUUGGUUUGGCAUUUUGGAUCAUUGCCUUACUGCACGGGGAUUUGGAUAAUCCAGCCGGAGAUGACAACUUCACCCCAUGUGUCCUCCAAGUCAAUGGAUUUGUGGCUGCCUUUCUAUUCUCCAUUGAAACACAGUCUACGAUAGGCUAUGGCUACCGAUGUGUCACUGAGGAAUGUCCCGUAGCGGUCUUCAUGGUGGUGUUCCAAUCUAUAGUGGGCUGCAUCAUUGACUGCUUCAUGAUUGGUGCUAUCAUGGCCAAGAUGGCAAGGCCUAAGAAGCGAGCACAAACACUGUUGUUUAGCCACAAUGCUGUCAUUGCGAUGCGAGAUAGAAAACUGUGUCUCAUGUGGCGGGUUGGAAACCUUCGCAAGAGCCACAUUGUGGAGGCCCACGUGAGGGCACAGCUCAUCAAGCCUCGGAUCACCGAUGAAGGGGAGUAUAUUCCUCUCGACCAAUUAGACAUCAAUGUGGGCUUUGACAAAGGCCUGGACAGGAUUUUCUUGGUUUCACCCAUAACUAUUCUCCAUGAAAUAGAUGAGGAGAGCCCCCUUUUUGGGGUCAGCAAACAGGAUCUAGAGACAUCUGACUUUGAGAUUGUCGUCAUCUUGGAGGGAAUGGUGGAAGCAACGGCCAUGACCACUCAGGCUCGCAGUUCCUACUUAGCUUCCGAGAUCCUUUGGGGGCACAGGUUUGAGCCGGUCUUGUUUGAGGAGAAGAACCUUUAUAAGGUGGAUUACGCUCACUUUCACAAAACCUAUGAGGUGCCGUCCACCCCUCGAUGCAGUGCCAAGGACAUGUUGGAGAACAAAUUCCUUGUUCCGAGUUCAAACUCAUUCUGCUACGAAAACGAGCUGGCUUUCUUAAACCGUGACGAGGAGGAGGAGGAGGAGGAGGAUGUAGGUGGUGGGAGUAGAGUACUGGCAAACCUCAGUCCAGACCGGAACAGCCGACAUGAGUUUGAACGCUUACAGGCCACCAGAACUCUGGAUCAAAGGUCUUAUCGGAGAGAGUCAGAAAUAUGACCCUUGCUUUUAGAUCCAGGCUCUCCUCUAAAAAUGCAGAACAAUGCAAAGUGCCACAGGAAACAUUGACUACUGUGCGAGACUGAGAGAGAAAAAGGGACAUAACUGGAGUGAAUGUUGCAAACUAAGAGUAUGCAGCUUAGAAAAUCGCGGUGAGGAAUGUCUACAAUCAAGGAAAAGUCUAGAGAAAGACCUUCUUCCUUCAUGGAAACUUGAAUCUUUUUCACAUGGUCACUUUGUGUGUAUUAACAAUACUAUUACGCUAUGACAAAUUGACAUCAUCCAAUUUAAGGUGUAAAUACAUUUCUUAAUUGUUUGUGUGUUCUCCCAAUUUCUAAAAGCACCUAUUAUAAAAGAAGAAUUUGGCCCAUCGACCUGUUCUUGAGCACAACAUUCUUAUUAUUUGCAUAAUUUGCUGGACUUGAGUUCAGUGGCACAUUGAAAAUGCAAUGAGCCAUAAUCAAAGCCCUGCUCACAAGUCAGUGAGAACAUCACUAUUCUCAUGUGAGAUGGCAACAUUACUUGCACUGCUAAGGGUUCAACAAAAAACUUACACAAGUCAAAUGCAACAUGUAAUGGUACCAGUAGGGGAUGUAGGUAUUUCAACACCCACACUUUUUCCCAAUGACGGGGUUCUCAACUGUUAAUCCAUGAAAACAAGCACCUUAUACAUUAUCAUUUGUCAUUUAACUUUCAGCAUAACCUGAUAUGUGAGACAAAAUAUGAAUGCGUUUCAUGAUACUAUCAGACAUUAUAUAUUUGUUUUCAUAUAAUGGAGAAGUUUAACAACAACUAAAACAACAACAAACAAAACAAAACAACUUUUCUGUUAUUUGCUCUUCAAAAACUAAUCUAUGCAUAUUGUUCACAAUGUCAGGGGAUAGGAUAGAGAAGAUCAUAUUUAAAAUACUUGAUUCAAAAAAAAUGUAUAUUAUUAUAUGAUAUUAUGGUUUGAGCAACAUUAUGUAAUUAUUACAUACAUAUCUCACACAUGUCAGUCAUAAUAAUUAGAAACAAAUAUUUUCUUAGUAUAGACAGUAUAUUAGAAGACACCCAAAUGUAUUUAUUUGCCCGAGAGUGGCUUCUGGUCAAGAAAGAUGCAACAUUAAUAAUUACAAAUUCUUGUUUUGAUCAUAUGACAUUACAUCCUAUGGACAACUGGAUUUGAUCAAUAGGGUAACACAGAAGAUGCAAAGCUUGGGUGGAAGCAAUAAACACUGAAGCACAGCUUUGACUUUAUUUUUUCACUGCUUCUUUUGAAAUUAAUGAAUAAUAAAGUAUUCUUUUUGAUGACUUCAUAACGGCAUACGAAAAACAUUGGUAUUACUAAAUAAAUUAAUGACGGUUUAGAUACAGUUUAGAUGCAGUAUGCUCCUAUGUAUUCAUUACAAAAAGAACAUUCAUGAAAUAACAUAGGUAGAAAGAAACCUGAUCAACUAAAACAUUUACUUUUACAUAUUCCUAUCACUGAAAUAAAGUUCCAUUAAAGGGGGAAAAAAAGACAAAAUGGUAAUACAAAUCCAUCUAGCGUUAGAAAGUAGCUAUCAAUAACUAAUAUGUUAUGUUAAUUGUAGACUUACAUUUGAGCGUAAAGCAAUAAGGUGCAAAAUCUUUCAGAAGAAUAUAUUUGAUAUGUGUAUGGAAGAAACAGGAAAUUGAUAGCUCAGGAAAGGACCAUGAAAAGUUUGUCACGUUGGUCAGAAUGUCUGUCUUUUCAUUUUCUUGUCACUUUAAACCCCUUACAUAUAGGGUACACUUACUUGGAUUCCUGACAUUUAUUGGUCACGUGUUGAUUUUAUUUUAUUUUAUUUCCAAAGCAUGAAGUAUGAUACAAAGACUAUUUUUCAGAGAACAAGAGCUCAUUGCCUUCUGGGAAGGAUUUAAAUGCCGAUGUUUCUCGACACCUGAUCACACACAUUUAGUGGUUUAAAAUAAGGUGAAGUGUCGCAAACAUUUCAAAUGAUAUUAGCCCAGAUUUGUGUUUUUUUUGUCAGAUGUUUUAUAUAAUGAUAAUAAAAAUAUGAAAACCUCAUAGUGUAAUAGCAUAGGAACAUUACAGAAUUGGCUGAGUAACGCAUCUUAUUUUUUUAUGCAAAUUUCUUUUUGAUAGAAUACAUCCAUCCAUUCAUCCACUUUAUGAUCCAUUUGUAUCUGUUUUUAUCAGAAUUCAACAGUGAAUCACUAUUGGCCCGAAAUGUGGAUUUAAUGUCUUUUUUCUUUAUCUUUUGAUUCAAGUUCAAUUUAGCGCAUUUUAAUGCGAUAUUUCUCUCAAAGGGAUGAUUGGAAAAAAAACUUUGACCUCUGUAGAAGUCUUCCUAUGCCCAGUGAAUUGUCUACUGGGUCUUUGAUUUUCAUUCAGUCGCAUAAGUAAUUUAAAUAAACAAAGUGAAAAAAUAA